AAAACGAAAUAAAAAUAUCAAGUUUGAGGAACUCUCUUAUGUGGUAUGAAAAAAGCCGAUAUAAAUUCUUUUUAAGUCUACCAGUUAAAUGUGAACCUAAGGUCAAUAUAUUAAAAAUAAUUACUGCUAUUAAAAAAUUAAAAGACGAUAGUAACUUUUCCGAAAUUCGUAACAACAUACCAAGUACUACAUACGAAGAACAAUAUUUUGCAAUCGAAACUAAAGUUUUUUCUAAGAAUAUGAUUCACUUUUUUAACUCCUAUUUGAAAAAAAAUUGUUUUGCAGCAAUUGGCUUUGUGGGCAAAUUUGUUGAUAUCAUACGUAAAUCGACUAAAGUAAUAAACCCUUCUAAUUCACAUUAUGAUUCAAACAUUGACGAAUUACCGUGUCAUGAUUUAAAUUCUUCCUAAAUCAAUACUUUGGAGGGAUCGAAAUAAACAAAAUUAAAACUAAGAAAUAUUUUUAUUUAAAAAUUUACAAAAGUCCGUUUAAUAGUUCUCAGAUAAUUAGUUCAAUUUAAUGUACAUAGUAUGAUAUAUUAUUUUGCGGACAA